AUGGCAAUAGCUCCUUGCAUAACCACCAGCAGCCGGCCGGUCCACCGAUGCCUGCUCGCGGGAGCCAGGCUGACAUCGCCGGCGUUUUGCCAGGAAUCACACGCAAAAUCACAGCAUGCGCGGCAUGCCGGAAGAACAAGAUCAAAUGUGAUAUGCCGCCAAGUGGACCGCCGUGCACUCGCUGUCGGCGGAGAUCACUCUCGAAAAGUUUGCGCCUACCUCAAACUUGAGAACCCUCAUAAUCUACUGAGCGUUACUGAUGGGGAGAAUGUUCCUCCAGUCAUCCAGGAGAGGACAGCUGACCAGGCUCCAACAACUGAAACUGAUGGAUGCGAGGUGUCUCCGCCAGAGUCGCCGUCUGCUGCUCAUGCUCCUAUCGAUACAUUUCUCGAAAUGGCCAAGAUGGGACGUGCGCCAUCCAGCAGAGAUUCGCCACAAAGCAAGAAAAGGAUAGAGCUUGAAGAUCUGAUAAGCAGAUCAAUAUUAUCGACGACGGUAGCACAGAGUCUCUUAGACCGUUACUUUACAAGACUAGACCAUUAUAUCUACGGUUUUGCAGGAGGACAUUACGAUUUGCAAAAGCUGCGGCAGAAUUCCCCGGUAUUACUAGCUGCUAUCUGUACGGUAUCUGCACUUCAUGAUCCGCAAGACGCGCGGUUGUACGAAAUUUGCAAUCGGGAGCUCCGUCAGCUUGUUUCGCGGUCUAUGUUCGAGAAGCGCGAUAUAAACUACAUUCGCGCGCUAUGUAUAUCAUCAUUUUGGCUAGCUGAUGCAUCACGCAUUCUAUCUAGCGAUGCCAUACGUCGUGCAGCAGAUGUGCGUCUCCAUUGCCUGACAGAGUGCCACCAGCAGCUGGCUUGA